AUGGCCGGGGUGCUGAUAGCAAUGCUUAUUGAAUUUCGACGGGUGCGUGCAGCGCGGCUUCGGGAAAGCGUGAUAUACGACGUUGAGCGCAGGCGGACUGAACGAGUCCGGGUGCGACAUCCGGAGGCGCUUCCGCACGAAACGCCGUCGUACCCCGACGUCGUCAACGCCUACGCCCUCAUCCCGAAGAGUCAGAUACGGCUGCUGAACGGGGCCAGCGCACAGCCGGGGACUGGGAACGAGGAGGGGGAGGAGAUGUCAACUGUGGUACAGGACAUGGAGGAUGAGGAAGAGGAUGAAUGCACGCUGCAUUCCCUCUGCUCUCGCAGCAAAGGAGGGGGUGAAGGCACGUGGGGGCUUGAUGCCUCUGGGAACUCAUCCGUGUUCUUGCCACCGCACCUCGGCAAAGCGGCAUCAAUCCAUGCGAACGGUGGCCGCUUUAGGGAGAGCAUCACCCUCCUGCGCAAGCUAUCGUCGCACAUCAUCUUCGGUAGGGCAAGUUAUAUGCCGCGGGAAGAAAAUGAUGUGGACGAACACGAUGAGCACCUCCUUGUGGACCUGCCUGGCAUUGCCACCGUGGAAACUGACUCGCGCUCAUCGUGUAUCACAAGCUCGCUGACAUUAGGAAAUCCGGACUAG